CCAUAUCCAACUGGGAUAGGCUCCGAUUCACCCAUGACCAUAAUGACUUUUUUUUAAAUGGAUAGCUGAACAUUUGAGCCAACUGUAUCAUAGUUUAACUGAAUUAAUUGAUUUAAGAAAAAAACUCCAUCCCCGGUCUGAUGCGGUUCAGCUCUAUUUCUAAAAGUGUUUUUCUUUAGUGUGGCAAAUGAACAAGUGUAGGCUGUUAUGUUCACCACCACAUUGGUGUAUUGAUUGUCUGCUGGAUUGAUUUAGGUCAGCACUGACAUAUAUUGACUGAAUAAGAGUCUGUGCUACAAUCUGGCUAGAACACUUCACAACUCUGUGCGAGUGAGUGUGGAAAACGGUGUGAUCUGCAUCCUCAUCCUGACUGGUAAGCGUGAUUCCUCAUGACUUUGCUUCACUUUACAAUGGCGUGAACACAGACCAGCCCUUGCAAUAUGACCACAUGCAAUAUAUCUAACUAGAUACUGUACAAUUCAAAAGUCUGCCUUUUCUAAAAUAAUACCGCUCCAUUUGGAUUGAAAUAGACUGCUAGGUUGACAUUUACAAAUUGUUUAUUAUUUUGAGUGCGUUUGCAGUUGUGUACAACUUCAUUGAAGUAUUUAUUUAAAAACACGUCUCACUCUGGUUUGGACAUUUACAGUAACAUUACACAAGAACCUUCCAACGUAUUAAAUGCUGAGCUAUAUCGUACAACCAGUAGGGGGCAGUAACAUCUCACAAAUUGGGAUAUUCAUUCCUAUCUUAUCGUUGACUGUUGAGUAGAUAUUUAUGUCAGGAUAUUUAAUGACUGUUGAAAAAUAAUCAGCGUUUUCAUUGAUUUCUUUUUGUUUAACUUUUCAGUGUGAAAAAAAUAUUUAAGCAUAAAGAGGGUAUGUCGGAAUUGGAGCGGGGUGUACGCCACAUGAGCCUACGCCUAUAUCAUUGAUUUGCAAUGAAUUACAUUUGGGAUUUUCUGUUUUCAUCACGGGACUUCUUCCAUCUUAACAUUUUAAAUGUGCCUUUACUCUGACAUUUCCGUUUCCAACAGUGAUGUCUGGCACUGUGUCUCAAAGUGACCAAGAGGAGGACUACCGCUUCCUCCACAGCACGUUGAUGGAGAAGAAGCUCCACCUGCUUUUUAAGAUCCACGAGCGGCUGAGGCACUUUGUGAAACGAGGACCCGCUCCCGUCCAAGAGUGCGCAGCCGGACUGGCCUCGCAUCUAUAUGAAGAUCUGAUUGACCAUGAGUGGAGAGAGGAAGUCAAAGACCUUCUCGCCCUCUUUCGUAAACCUCACGUCAAGAGUCUUCUGUACGUCCACGACGUAGUCGCUCAGAGAGCUUACGAGCCGACUCUACCUCAAGUACCCGAAGGCAUUAUUGACGAGGGAGAAGAUUCAGUGAAGAUUGUCAGUCUGGUCAAAACCAAGGAGCCGCUGGGUGCGACGAUUAAGAGGGAUCAAUCCACCGGGGCGAUUGUGGUGGCGAGGGUCAUGCGAGGAGGCGCUGCCCACAAGAGCGGCCUGAUUCACGAAGGAGAUGAGCUAAAAGAAGUCAACGGCGUCGCAGUGGAUCGCAGGAAGCCGAAAGAAAUUCUUCCUUUGCUGGCACGCUCUCGGGGUGACGUGACAUUCACCAUUGUUCCUGCCUUCUCCGAGCAAGAAGAGUUAUCCGCCAAGAAGCUGUUUGUCAGGGCUCUCUUUGACUACAGCCCGAGUGAGGAUCCGGCCGUGCCGUGCAAGGAUGCGGCCAUCGCUUUUAAAAGAGGCGACAUCCUCCAGAUCGUCACCACGGAGGAUGACACCUGGUGGCAAGCGUGCCAUGUCAGCGGUAGUAACGCACGAGCAGGGCUUAUCCCCUCGCAGCAGCUCCAGGAGAGGAGAGUUGCGCUACAGCGACCCCAAACCUUGUUCCAACGACAACAAGUCAAGGCAGCAGCUGGUUUAAGAAAGAGUUUCCGGCUGGGCAAAAAGAGCAACUGGGUCAAAGAAGCAGCACGUUCCAAAAGGUGGAGCUCAGGAGUUCAGGAGUCUAUUUGUCCACCGACCUACAUCGAGGUCAUCCCUUACCGUCAAGAUUCUGAAGAAAGACACCGUCUGGUUGUCUUGGUUGGACCCAGCGGUGUUGGCAUUAAUGAACUGAAGAGGAGGCUCCUGCUCUCCGAUCCUGACCUCUACGGUACAAGCAUACCAUACACCACACGUGAGAAGAGAAGCCAAGAGACCGAAGGGAUGGAUUAUCAUUUUGUAUCCGUCCACAAAUUCGAAGAGGACAUUCUCAACCGCAGGUUUAUAGACUACGGGACGUACCGAGGCCACUACUAUGGAACGAGUCUGAACUCGGUUUACCGGGUGAUGGCUGAGGGCAAAGUGUGCCUACUGGAUGUACAUCCUUGUAAACUGAAGCGUGUCUACACACUCGAAUUCAAACCCUACGUGGUUUUUGUGAAACCCCCGCGUAUCGAGGAGUUGCGCCUCACCAGGAGAAGAGCGAAAUUCAUCUGUGACGAAGAGGACCCAAAUCAAGUCAGGAUGUUCUCAGAGGAAGAUUUUGAAGAUAUGAUUGACUCGGCCGAAACCACGGAAGCCCAGCACGGUCACAUGUUUGACAAGGUGAUCGUUAACGGAGACGUCGCCGUGGCCUUCGGAGAGCUGAAGGCGGACCUCCAGCGGCUGCGGGAGGCGGCCGUCCGCUGGAUCCCGGCGGAAUGGCUUUGCUCCUCGCCGACAAAGGCGAGGAGGAGUUGUGGUCUUUUGGCCGGCUGGAUUUGAACUUGAGGUCAUUUGGGAAUGAUGGAGGGGGGGAAUCUACGCCCCACCGCUUCCGAAUGUGUUCAGAAGUAAGCUGCAGUAGCACCAUUUCUGCUUGUAGUAUUCAUUUCUGUCAUAUUACGUUUUUUUUUCUCCCCCAUUUGUAAACAAGGCAUGCGAUCACUGCAAGAUGAGUUUUCCAUCGAGAUGUCCUUGAACACGCUGCAUACUUAAUUAGGUAACCAGACAACCUUUUUUUUUUUUUUUUUUUGUCACAGUGUGAGUUUUCUAUUGGCAUUUGGCUGAAAUAACGUCAGCUUGAACCAUUAAGUUGGAAAAAAAAAAAGUUGGGAAGAGUUGCGGCAGAGUGUCACGCUUCCCUGCCAAGUGGCAAACAUCAGCAUGGAAUCAUCCGGACCGCUGCUGCACUGAAGUAUUAUUCGUAGCAGGCGCAGAGGCUGCGCAAUUUUGAGGCAUAGACAAGAAACCGUUGCCUUAAAUCCUGCGGAAGACUCAACAUUGCACGAGCACGACAAAGAGUCCUCGAAAACUGUCGCGAUAAAUUCACUGGCUGAUGAUGAUCAUCCGCAAAGAAUCGGGGGUCUUGCCUGAUUUUAUUCACAUUUUUCUGGUGGCUGAAUUCCUUCACUGGGUUUCCUUCCUUCCUUUUGAACGGUUGGACAAAGGGGUGUUCAUGUUUUUGGGAGGAAGAAGGAGCCGCAUGAUGUGAGGGAGACACAGUCAUUGCUUUCUUGGGGCUUUUGGCCUGCACACAGAGCUUAAAAGUACACAUCCACACAAGCGCUUCGAGGCGCCGCAACAGUGGAAUUAGGCUUCAGGGGUCAUGAAAAAACCCCAAAAAACAAC